GUUACCAAGCUGACACCACUUUCACAUGAAGUUAUCAGCAGACAAGCUACAAUUAAUAUUGGCACAAUUGGUCAUGUAGCUCAUGGGAAGUCCACUGUGGUGAAGGCUAUUUCUGGAGUUCACACUGUCAGAUUCAAAAAUGAGCUAGAAAGAAACAUUACCACCAAGCUUGGAUAUGUUAAUGCUAAGAUUUAUAAACCUGAUGACCCAAGUUGUCCUAGACCAGAAUGUUAUAGAUCAUGUGGAAGUAGUACACCAGAUGAAUUUCCUACAGACAUUCCAGGGACCAAAGGGAACUUCAAAUUAGUCAGGCAUGUUUCCUUUGUUGACUGUCCUGGCCAUGAUAUUUUGAUGGCUGCAAUGCUGAGCGGUGCAGCAGUGAUGGACGCACCUCUUCUGUUGAUAGCCGGUAAUGAAUCAUGCCCUCAGCCCCAGACUUCCGAACACCUGGCUGCCAUAGAAAUCAUGAAACUCAAGCAUAUUUUGAACUUACAGAAUAAAAUUGAUCUGGUAAAAGAAAGUCAGGCUAAGGAGCAAUACGAGCAAAUUCUCGCAUUUGUGCAAGGAACAGUAGCAGAAGGGGCGCCAAUUAUUCCAAUUUCUGCUCAGCUGAAGUACAAUAUUGAAGUCGUCUGUGAGUACAUAGUGAAGAAAAUACCAAUGCCCCCAAGAGACUUCCCUUCAGAGCCCUGUCUCAUUGUUAUCAGGUCAUUUGAUGUCAACAAACCUGGCUGUGAAGUCGAUGACCUUAAGGGAGGUGUAGCUGGUGGUAGUAUUCUAAAAGGAGUGUUGAAGGUGGGCCAGGAGACAGAAGUCAGGCCUGGUAUUGUCUCCAAAGACAGUGAAGGAAAACUCAUGUGCAAACCAAUCGUUUCCAAAACUGUGUCACUUUUUGCCGAAUGUAUUGAUCCUCAGUAUGCUGCCCCAGGUGGUCUCAUUGGGGUUGGAACAAAGAUGGACCCCACUUUGUGCAGAGCUGACAGAAUGGUGGGACAAGUGCUUGGUGCAGUUGGAGCUUUACCUGAAAUAUUCACAGAACUGGAAAUUUCCUAUUUUCUGCUUAGAUGUCUUCUGGGUGUAUGUACUGAAGGAGACAAGAAAGCAGCGAAGGUCCAAAAGCUGUCUAAGAAUGAAGUGCUUAUGGUCAACACAGGAUCCCUGUCAACAGGAGGAAGAGUUGGCGCUGUCAAGGCUGAUUUGGGCAACAUUGUUUUGACCAAUCCUGUGUGCACAGAAGUAGGAGAAAAAAUUGCCCUUAGCAGAAGAGUUGAGAAACACUAGCGUUUAAUUGGUUGGGGUCAGAUAAGAAGAGGAGUGACCAUUAAGCCAACUGCAGAUGAUGACUGAAGACUUCAAGUUAAACAAUGCCUUGGGAUGGAGUUGGGAUUUCUUUUAAUAGCCUAGGGGUAUAUUUUCAAAGCAAUACUCGAGAGAAUUAAUUUCAUAGCUCAUUACCUUACUAAUAGCUAUAAGUUUAUUCUUAUAUUUUGGCGAUGAAAAUGUAACCACUAUUUUUUUUUUGAUUCCUUGUUUUACAUCAUGUAGCCCAACCCCACUCAUCCCCUCAUAACCGACCUUUGCCCUUGCAACCUCCCACAAAAUAAAUAACACACAAACAACAACAACAACAACAAAAGAAGUUGUCAAUCUUUAAGGCAAUGUUUCUUGUAGACAA